AUGCACAAGCCGUCCUCUGAGCGAAUUCCCAGCCAGUGGCAGAACAAUGCGUACCCGAAGCCGCAAACUUCCUGGCAGGUGAGCAAUGCCCCGCAAACUUUAGAGCAUGAUCUAGAAGCAGAGUCGCUUAUUCAUACUGCUGCAGCGGCAGCGGCAGCGGCCUCGGGUUGCGUGGCGCAAGUGCAAGACCUCGAGCGAAGGCUUGCGGCGGACGCCGGCCUGCGCCCCCUGGCCACGACACCUCUCCGCUACAUUGAAUCUGCCUUGGAUCUGGAGGCGUUUCUAAGUGACAUUCUUGCGGACAUCGAACCAACGACAGAGAACAGUGUCUCGGGUUCCGUCUCGGGAACCGGGUCGUCCGGACUCAGCCUCGACAAAACCUGCGCUUUCAAAAAGGCGGUCGCAAUCGAUCUCGAAGCACACUCGUACCGCAGUUAUCAAGGUUUCGUUUGCCUCGUACAGAUCAGCUCUGUUGACUGUGAUGCAGUUAUCGAUGCGCUGGCUCUGCGUUCCGCGCUCGCGGACCCGUCAGGCGCUUUCAUUCGCCUGCUUCGACACCCGCGUGUCGUGAAAGUGAUGCACGGUGCGGACUCGGACGUUCUCUGGCUGCAGCGGGAUUUUACGCCUGCGGCGCGCAUCGUGAAUCUUUUUGAUACGGCUCGAGCAGCCCAACUGCUGGGCGAACCGAGCGUAUCUUUGGCGCACCUCAUCAGCUGCUACGCGCGCGAUGAGGAUCGAACCGCAGACCCCGCAUCGCUCCGCAACGGAUCCCGCGACGCCUUGGCCUCCGAGAAACGCGUAUUUCAGGUAGCAGACUGGCGCAUUCGGCCGUUACCAUCGAGUAUGCUCCAUUAUGCCAGACAGGAUACGCACUAUCUCCUGUACCUUUACCGAGUCCUGAGCACCAGGCUUGUUCAGGAGACUGACCCAAACUCGCCCGAGACGAACCGCCUGCAGCAGCUGUGGCUCAAGUCUGCGGAUGUCGCGCUACGCCGCUACGCGUUGCAAGAGGUUGCUGCUGAUGCGCAUUUGAAAGUGGCCCGGCAGUACAAAGCGAUGUUGUCGGAUACGAUGCUUCCACUACUGAGAGACUUGAUUCACUGGCGCGAUCAAAUCGCGCGAGAGGCAGACGAAAGUCCGCCAUACGUGUUUCCGAAUCAUUUUCUGAUCGCUUUGGUGCGGGAGACUCCGCGUUCCCCGUUUCAACUUGACAAGUUGCUGCGCAGGCUUGGGCUUGCACGCGGCAGAUGUCUGCUGUCCAGAUCGACCAAGUGUGCGCGGCGGUUACUGGCACUGAUCCGAGCGCGUCUUUCUGUGGCUCGCGCUCCGGGGCGCCGUCAUGCGCUGCACAGCCAGCGACCUGCCGUCGAGCGACUUGCCAUCGAGGCGUCGGGGGUUCGACCGCCUUGGCGCCGUCCCGGCACGCAAGCGACGUCACAUCAGAGACGACAUGAGGAGGACGACCGACGCCCAACUUAA